AUGCCUCUCAAAAAAAUCUCCUCAGUUUCUCUUCUCUUAAUCUUUGGUUUCUACUAUGAAACUGCCAAGUCGCAGUUCUGCGGCUGUUCCCCAGUUCUCUGCUGCAGUAUGUAUGGGUAUUGCGGUUUCACCGAAGGUUAUUGUGGCUCCGGUUGCAAAGAAGGUCCUUGCCGAAUAACUAAAAUUGUGACACAAAAAUUCUUUGACGGAAUUAUUAGCAAUGCAAGUAAUGGCUGCGCUGGGAAAAAGUUUUACACCCGUGACUCUUUCAUUGAGGCCGCUCGGACUAACUUGGAGUUCAAUACGUCUGUCACCAGGCUUGAGAUUGCUACCAUGUUUGCUCAUUUCACCUACGAGACCCAACAUUUCUGCAAGAUAGAAGAGGUUAACGGAAGUUCAUAUGACUACUGCGACGAGAACAACUUGCAAUAUCCAUGUGCACAGGGAAAAAAAUACUAUGGUCGUGGUCCGAUGCAACUAUCAUGGAAUUACAACUACGGGUCAUGUGGCCAGAGUCUCGGACUUGACCUCUUACGCGAGCCUGAGCUAGUGGGUAGCAACCCAACUGUGGCUUUCAGGGCAAGUCUGUGGUUUUGGAUGAACAACGUGAGGCCCGUACUGGAUCAAGGAUUUGUAGCCACCAUUAAAGCCAUCAAUAGUCUGGAGUUGAGCAGUGAGGAUCAAAGUGCGGUCUCGGCAAGGGUUGAGUACUAUACAAACUAUUGUAAACAGCUUGGUGUAGACCCUGGCAUCAUUGAUCUUCCCAGUCGCCUCACCGUCUUCACUCUUAAGAACAAAUGCUCCCACACCGUCUGGGCCGCAACUCUCGCCGGCAGAGGACCCAGGCUCGGCGGUGGCGGGUUUAAAUUGACCUCAGGCGCUUCCCAAAAGCUCCAGGCUCCUGCAGGAUGGUCAGGCCGGUUCUGGGCUCGUACGGGAUGCAAGUUUGACGCAUCAGGAAAUGGUAGAUGCAUUACCGGAGACUGCGGCGGUCUACGAUGUAACGGCGGCGCAGUUCCUCCUGUCACUCUUGCUGAAUUCACCCUCGUAGGCGAUGGCGGCAAGGAUUUCUACGACGUGAGCCUCGUCGACGGUUACAAUGUCAAGCUAGGGAUAAGACCUUACGGAGGGUAUGGAGACUGUAGGUACGCAGGCUGUAUCACCGACCUAAACGCGAACUGCCCUAACGAGCUUAAGGUCAUGGGUCCUCAGAACAAUGUCGUGGCGUGCAAGAGUGCAUGUGCAGUGUUUAACACUGAUCAAUAUUGUUGCCGUGGAGCUUUCAAUACGCCUGAAACUUGUCCUCCCACGAACUACUCGAGGAUUUUUAAGGAAGCUUGCCCUAUCGCCUAUAGCUACGCUUAUGACGACCAGACGAACACCUUCACUUGUUCCCGAGCUAACUACGAAAUCACUUUCUGCCCAUAAAACCGAAUCUCCAGUGUAGGGCGAUGUUUAUAUAUAAUUGUACUUGUUUAGCCCCUAAGAUAUUAGCAAUAAAG